GGUUGUUUCAACAUGGCGAUUGCCGCAGAGGGACGAAACAAUUCUGGGAUUUUUUGGAUUAACGACACAUCAGAAGACGACGACCAAGCAGUGGUCUACGUACCAGGAGUGAGCAGGAAACCUGACCCAAGACAAGGUUCAGUGGGCUUGGUUCAUGACAAGGGAAACAAAAGGAGGCCAAGCCAGCAGUCAUCCCACUCUAACCAGUCUGCUGCGGGAAUGUCGACAGCAAAGAAGACUCCGUCUGCCAGAGCUCCCCCAGCCAAGACCAAGACCUCAGUUACAACUUCCAAACCUCCAGACAAUGAGCAGGACGCAGUACAAACAGGUCAUUUGAAGACUAAGCCCUCUUUUAAGGACCUCUGCCCAGAAGACAAGAGGCGCAUCGCCAACCUUAUCCAGGAGCUGGCCAGAGUAAGUGAGGAGAAGGAAGAGUCUGUGCAGAAGUUGAGAGAUGAGCAGGAGACAUUUGAGAAGAAAAUUCUGCAACUGGAGCAACAGAACCAGCUCAUUUCUCAAGAGAGAGAAAGCCUGCAGCAGCAGUACAGGGAGUGCCAGGAGCUGCUCUGCCUCUACCAGCAGUACCUCACCCAGCAGCAGGACAAGCUCAACCAGUCCAUCGCACAGCUCCACCAGGCCCACUCCACCACCAAGUCCUCCAGAAGUGAGAGGUCAUCUCGCCGGUCUCGCUCGGCAAAGUCCUCCGCAGCCCCACUCAACGGCUCCUACCUGGACCUGCCCUCGCCUAGAGACCCACCUGUGAACAGGACCACCUCCACAGCCACAGCAACAGCCUCAGUUACCAAUUAUGGCCCUGCCUCCUCGACAACCCCGACCCCCACCCCCACCCCCACCACGGUCCCACCAUCCACCGCGGGCUCGUCUGUCAGCGACCCCAAGCGCUCGAGAUCUGCUCCUCGACCCAGGAGAGAGCACCAGCGCUCUGCCCUGCAGGCUGACCUGGGACCUGUGGCGGCCACCGCUGAGUCCCAGGGGCUGGGAGGGGUCAGCGGGGCGAAGGAGGGAGGCGAGCAGUGGGGAAGAGGAGGAGGAGGAGAUGCAGGAGGGACAGUGGGUAUGUGUUUGGCGCGCCCUGCUGACUGGGAGGAGCGUCGGCGGCGCCUGGUGGAGCAGAAGCGGCAGCUGGAGCAGGAGAGAGAGCGGCUGCAGCACAGACUGGCCAUGCAGGAGGAGAGGCUUCAGCAGAUAGACACAGCUGGGCAGGAGAAGACCCAUUCGAAUGGUAGCCUGCUGAACCAGCCGCCUCAAGUCAAUGGCUACCAGGGCCACAGUAAUGACAGAGGGGAUGCGGCCCAUCUAACUGGGGCAGAUGCAGUUCCAGGCUGUGAUGUUCCUUCAUGUCAUGACCCGAACCUUGGACCUCCUAAACGCACACCUUCGCAAGAGAGCCCACCCCUGACCAAAAAGGACAUGGCCACCUCUCCCGCCGUCCCUCUGAGCACCCCCCUCUCGCCCCCUCCUCCUCCUCCCUUCCCUUCCUCC